AUGAUCUUGGCAAACGCCUUCUGCCUCCUCUUCUUUCUAGACGAGACCCUCCGCUCUUUGGCCAGCCCUUCCUCCCUGCAGGGCCCCGAGCUGCACGGCUGGCGCCCCCCGGUGGACUGUGUCCGGGCCAAUGAGCUGUGUGCCGCCGAGUCCAACUGCAGCUCCCGCUACCGCACGCUUCGGCAGUGCCUGGCCGGCAGGGACCGCAACACCAUGCUGGCCAACAAGGAGUGCCAGGCAGCCCUGGAGGUUCUGCAGGAGAGCCCGCUGUAUGACUGCCGCUGCAAGCGGGGCAUGAAGAAGGAGCUGCAGUGCCUGCAGAUCUACUGGAGCAUCCACCUGGGGCUGACCGAGGGGGAGGAGUUCUACGAAGCCUCGCCCUAUGAGCCGGUGACCUCACGCCUCUCUGACAUCUUCAGGCUCGCCUCCAUCUUCUCAGGGACCGGGGCGGACCCGGCCGUCAGCGUCAAGAGCAACCACUGCCUGGAUGCCGCCAAGGCCUGCAACCUGAACGAGAACUGCAAGAAGCUGCGCUCCUCCUACAUCUCCAUCUGCAACCGCGAGAUCUCGCCCACCGAGCGCUGCAACCGCCGCAAGUGCCACAAGGCCCUGCGCCAGUUCUUCGACCGCGUGCCCAGCGAGUACACCUACCGCAUGCUCUUCUGCUCCUGCCAGGACCAGGCGUGUGCCGAGCGCCGCCGGCAGACCAUCCUGCCCAGCUGCUCCUACGAGGACAAGGAGAAGCCCAACUGCCUGGACCUGCGCAGCGUGUGCCGGACCGACCACCUGUGCCGGUCCCGGCUGGCGGACUUCCACGCCAAUUGUCACGCCUCCUACCAGACACUCACCAGCUGUCCAGCUGACAAUUACCAGGCGUGUCUGGGCUCCUAUGCGGGCAUGAUUGGGUUUGACAUGACGCCCAACUAUGUGGACUCCAGCCCCACUGGCAUCGUGGUAUCCCCCUGGUGCAGCUGUCGGGGGAGUGGGAACCUGGAGGAGGAGUGUGAGAAGUUCCUCAGAGACUUCACCGAGAACCCCUGCCUUCGGAACGCCAUCCAGGCCUUUGGCAAUGGCACAGAUGUGAACCUGUCCCCCAAAAAUCCCUCAUUCCCAGCCACCCAGGCCCCUAGGGUGGAGAAAACACCUUCUUUGCCAGAUGAUCUCGGUGACAGCACCAACCUGGGGACCAGCGUCAUCACCACCUGCACAUCUGUCGAGGAGCAGGGGCUGAAGGCCAAUAGCUCCAAAGAGCUGAGUACGUGCUUCACGGAGCUCACCACCAACAUCAUCCCAGGGAGUAACAAGGUGAUCAGACCCAACUCAGGCCUCUGCCGAGCCAGCCCGUCGGCCGCCUUGACCGCUGUCUCCUUCCUGAUGUGGAAGUUGGCCUUGUAG